AUGGAUUCUCACGAACACCAAACCACAUCUGAGACAAAAGAGAAAGGAAUGAGCGGAGAAUUUCCAUUCGCACCCUAUAUGCUGCCUGAGGACUCGUAUACAGGCCCGGAAGACAAGGGCCUCACUCUGUUCAACCAGAAAUAUGCUGUGCGUGUCGCAUCUACCCCCCUCACCCCAGAAGAGCUAGAAUUAGUUCGGGGCCACCUCGAAGACAUUUUUCACGAAGAAGCAUCCCUUGCGAUGCGCUUGCACGACACGUUCCUGGAAGGUUGGGCGCGCAAUCUCGGGAUGGCACCGGCGCCUCAGCAUCAAGACAUUGACUCCAUGAAAUGGUUCCCUGACAUUUGCGACUACGCGAAUAAGCAUACAGCUGUGUACUUCGUGAGCGGCCGUUCCACCCACGAAAACUUUGACCUCCGAGACUGGCUGGAUCACCGCCACGGUUACCUGGACCACCGACUGGGCUGCUACAUUUACCGCAAAUGGCAUGAGCUGCAUGGUGGGCGACCCAACCUCCAGCGAUGGCACUUCUUCGCCAAGUCGUUGCGCCUGCCCGAGAGUGAGGCCGCGAGCUGGACCAUCCCCAGCCUCGUGGCUGCCCACCGCCGACUGUGCGAUGCGACGGCGGCCCGUCUCGAGAGCGAGGUUGUGCAUCUACGAAUAAACUACCCUCCUUAUUCUAGCUUCCCAGUACCAACUGAGACAACACGGACAUGGAGGGAGCACGGCUUGUCUUUGCACUAUUUGUUCCGCGCCGUGAUUCUUCUGGCGGACGAGAACGUGUUGCCCGUGGAGUGUCCGGUACAGCCAAAUCCAAAUAUCAGCGGCUUGCAACAGCUCCAGACAGUUGGUCCAUGGCUGGAGCAGCUGAUGCCCGAGUGUAGCGUGCUGCUGGUGCGGACUGGGGACGAUGAACAUCUAAGCCAGCCCGUUUCAUUUGAGGGGCUGAUUAAGGAAGGGAAGACAAUCCCACUGGGUUUGGAAGAGAGCAAGCUGGCCAAUGAAUUCAGUGUUGUGCGGGUGAAGAUCGACGUGGCGAUGCGUUUCCUGUUUGACCUGCAGGCCCAAGAGGAGGCCGCGACUCCAAGGCUGCGAGAGGCAUCAGCCAUGCUCACGAAAGAGCGAGAAGCAGGUUGCCAUGCUUGGGUAGAAAGCGUGCUGAAGCAUGCCUCUAUUAAGGAAGUCGGACUGGACGGUAAUCAAUUUACAUGGGAGGCAGUGCGACGGAUGUGGGCCAAACGAGAUGGGGAGAUGUUUGAUUAUUUCAAGCAGAACGAGACACGAUUGAGGUCGAUAAAAUUAUGGUUAGGGCAAUUCUGA